AUGUAUUUUGGAUACUUGUUCUACAAGGUUUCUAAGAACAAGAUGUUCGUUGAUGGGAUAUGCUUCUUCCUUGAUAGGGAGCUAAUGUCCAAUGAAUCUAGUGGGAGUCCAAUAGAUCUUGAAGAAAUUCAUGAGUCAAACAAAAAAGAACUUGUAGUUGAGACUAGCACUCAACCCGAGGUAGAACAACCCGUUAAGGAAAUUAACAUAACUCAAACUCCUUCUCUUCGUAGAUCCAAUGUAAUUCGUCUUCCUCCUAAGUUCAAUUGUUUUGAUAUUACCAUAGAAAGAGAUGUACUAAUUGGUUAUCGUACAUUGGCUGACAAUUUUGACCCAAGAAAUUGGGAUACUCUUGAUAUUAAAUCAAGAGAUAUUCUAAUUGAAAAGGAGCCAAUAAGAGAAAUGAAUCUUGUGUUUCCUAAAGAUAAAUUUUCUAGAUAUUUUUCUUAUGCAUUUUAUACUAGAAAGUUAAAUAAUGGAUAUAAUGAUUGGAAACAUCUUAGUGAGAGACUUAAAGAACAUGAAAAUAGUAAUGAACAUUUUGUUUGUAUGAAUCAUUGGUAUGAAGCAAAACUAAGAUUAGAUAAAAACCUUACAAGUGAUAUUGAAUUACAACAAGAAAUAACAAAAGAAAAAGAACUUUGGAGACAAGUAGUGAGAAGAAUAAUUGCGGCUGUGAAAUUCUUAUAUAAAUAUAAUUUAGCUUUUCGAAGGUCCAAUGAAAAACUUUUUCAAGAUAACAAUGGUAACUUUUUAGGAGUAAUCCAAAUGAUGGUUGAAUAUGAUAGUAUAAUGCAAGAUCAUAUAAGAAGAAUUGACAAUAAUGAAACUCAUCAUCAUUAUCUUGGCUAUAAAAUUCAAAAUGAACUAAUUUCUCUUUUAGGUGACACGGUUAGAAAUUCUAUCAUUAAAAUAGUUAAAGAGGCAAAAUAUUUUUCUAUAAUUCUUGAUUGUACUCCCGAUGUGAGUCAUCAAGAGCAAAUGAAUUUGAUUGUAAGAUAUGCAUUGAAAUUGUUAGAUCUUAAUGUGGAUGAUAUAAUGGGUCAAAGCUAUGAUAAUGGGUCUAAUAUGAAAGGAAAACACCAAGGGGUUGAAAAAAGAAUGCUUGAAAUUAAUCCUAGAGCUUUAUAUAUGCCUUUUGCUUGCCAUAGUCUUAACCUUACGGAUAGUGAUAUGACACUUUCUUGUGAAAAAGCUGUUUCAUUUUUUGGAAUUGUGCAACGUCUUUAUACAUUAUUUUCUAGUUCUAAUAAAAGAUGGAAAAUAUUGUUAGAUAAUGUUCCAACUUUAACCUUAAAAUCAUUAUCUAAUACUCGUUGGGAAAGUAGGAUUAAAAGUAUAAAAGCAAUUAGAUUUCAAGCUCCUCAAAUAAAAGUUGAUUUGCUAAAAUUAAGUAAAACAAGUGAUGACCCAAAGUCAAAAAGUGAAGCUAAAAGCUUACUUAAAUCUUUUGGGAAAUUUGAUUUUUUAGUUGGUAUGGUUAUUUGGUGUGAAGUUUUAUUUGCAAUUAAUAUUGUAAGUAAAAAGUUGCAAUCUAAAUCUAUUUGUAUUGAUACUACUAUUAACCAAAUUGAAAAUAUUAUGAAGUUUUUUGAAAAAUAUAGAAAUGAAGGUUUUACAUCAAGUAUGAAUAUUGCUAAAACUAUUGCACUUAAUAUGGGUGUAUAA